CUACACGUUUAUGAAAAGUUCUUAAAGAUCUCGUUCGUCGACGACGAUGGAAUUAUUACGUUCGUGUUACACACUGAUACUUCUUCGAUUAUCGUUCACAUCUCCUCCGCAGUCUAUUUUUCCACCACUUCUAUAGUUGGUGGUAAAAAUUCCCGAAUAUUUCGUUCUCCAACAACGGUAGUUGUCGCGUUCGAUAUAUGUAUUCCUUCGAUCAUAGUUUUAUCAUCGCGCAAGAUCAUUUUUCUUCCGCCUCUACAAUUCAUCGUGUUCAUGAAAAAUUCUCGAAGACCUCAUUCUUCGAUGACAAUAAGACCAUCGCGAUCGCGCUCGCGUUAUGCAUAUGAUCUCCCGAUCAUCGUUUCGUAUUCUCGCGAGCGUAUAUUUCUUCUGCCUCUAUAUAUUACCAUGAAUAUUCCAGAAUAAUUUGUUUUUCAAUGACAGUAGAAUCGGCGCUUUCGACUUAUAAAAAAUAUAAUUUCUCGAUUAUCUUCUCAUCGCGUCUAUGAUUCGUGGGAUAAAAAAUUCCAGCAGAAUUCACUUUCUUCGACGGAAAUAGGAUUGUCACGUUACGCACAUAAUCUCCCAAGUACUAUCGUUCCACUUUCUCACGAGUCUAUUUUUCGCCUUCGCGAUUCAUCGUGAAAUUACUAAAUAUUUCAUCCUCGAGUAACGAUGCAGGUAUCGAAUUUAAUUUACACGCGUAUGUCCCCUCAAUCAUUGCUUUGUUCUCACACAAAUCCAUCAUCUUUUUCUCUACGAUACCUGAUGUUCGCCAAGAAUUCAGGAAAGUUUCGAUUCCUUCGAUAACAAUAAGAUUAUUACAUUCGUAUUACGCGUAUGAUCUCCCGAUCAUCCUUUCAUCUCCUUGUAACUCCAUUUUACCUGUAUUAUUCACGUUCAUGUAAAAUCUGCAGAUCAUCGAAUACUUGGAUUAGAUCGGCACUCGACGUUUGUGCUUCGUCAGAGCGUUUUCAUCGGGAGGUAAAAGCGGCCGUUUCACAGCGAAAGAGGACACGCGGCGAAUCGAUAUCGCUUUCGCAAGGACCUGCUGGCCUAUCUGCGCGAAGUCACGCGAAUUUAGGGCGUGGAAUUGCGGACGAGCGAAAAAUUGCGAUGCAACUGCCUCUUCGAGUCCCUGACAUGUUCGUCAAGGACGGAAUAUAAUUCGUCGUGCUCGUGUUUCAGCGGCGACGAUUGGUCAUAUCCGUCGAUUUCGUUUGCAGAAUCCAUCGUGACGCGUUCCGUCGUCGAUGCGACGUUUCGUUAAUUAUUAUCGAGCCAAUCCGUGGAUCGGAGAGAGAAGGGAGAGCCAGUGACACGAGACCAGUCGACGCGACUAUGUCGACUCGAACGAAAAGCGCAGACCGAUCGUGCGAUACGGGCAUUAGCUUGCGACCUUCUGUCGCAUUUUUCGCCUCGCGUCAUCGACUAUUUGUGUAUCUAAAAAGAAGUAGCGGGUUCUGAGAGCGCGACAGAGAGGUCUAAACGAAAAAAGAGAAGAAGCAGAAAACAACAGUGGCUGUUAAAGAAGGCUUGUAAAGAAGUUCCGUCUCGUCUUGGUUCAAGAUCGAGCGGUCUGAGUAAUUCGGUUGGCUUCUGGGCAAGUUCGAUGCGAGGAAUGCUCGCGGGAUGAAGGCAAAGCUGUCACGAAAAGAGCUGGAUCAUCUCUUUAGCGAGGGUGCUAGAUUCCGGGAUACCUCGCAGCAAAUCCAUAAGCAAUGGCAGGCAGAUCCGGCUCGAGCGUUUCCAACGGUUGGCCCCGUCACCGCAGGCUCGGUAUCUCCCACGUCAGGAGAAAUUUCAACCCCGAAUUCGACACCCAGUCCGAGCCCUAGUCCAACUAACAGUCAACAAGUCGCGCAUAAUGGAGGUUACGAGGCACAGCCGAAGAAUGUUAACACCAUUUCGAGAAGCAAACAACAACACCAGAUACAGACGUCCUUGUCGGCGACGGCACCUGCAAGGACGCCGGGCGUCGGCGCGGACGCGACGACGACAGGAUCAGGAAAGGGUGGAGGUCGUGUUACAGAAGUAAUGGAGCUUUGUUACGUCACCGAAAGAAUCAUUGCGCUCUGGUACAGAGAGGAUGCGCAGGGCGUCCUUGAACAUGCUACUGCACUUCUGCGAGGAAAACACGGUGAUAAUUAUAUGAUAUUCAAUUUGUCAUCGCCGGGUCGUACCGGGGAGCCAAAUACCAGGGAAGCAGGAUGGCCGCAGGGUCUGGCACCUAGUUUGGAAAGACUGUGCGCCCUAUGCAAGGAGCUGGACUCCUGGCUGAACGGUGCUUCGAAUCGCGUGGUCGUUCUCCACGCCAGGGGAAGCAAAGAACGAUUGGGUGUGGCUGUGUCUGCGUACAUGAACUACAGUAGCAUCUGCGGCGGACGUGAUCAGGCGUUGGACAGGUUCGCUAUGAGAAGAUUCCUCGACGACAAAAUUGGAUCUCUGCAGGUUCCCUCGCAUCGAAGGUACAUCAAGUAUUUCAGCGGACUUCUGUCAGGUUCCUUGAGGAUCAGUCAAUCUCCACUUUAUUUAACGCAUCUCACCGUUCUGGGCGUUCCACUCUUCGAGCCUACAGGUUGCCGAGCAUUCCUCAAGGUCUACGAAGGCCUGACACCAGUCUACACCUCGGAUCUCUAUUCCGUUACAAACGCUCGCGAGUUCACCGUAAAUCUCGGAGGUCUUCGUCUUAGGGGAGACAUUCUGGUGAAAUGUUACCACAGGGUGUAUUCGAAGCAGAGCCGGGAAGUGAUGUUCUCCCUGCAGUUCCAUACCUGUGUAAUAACGGAGAACGUGGUGUCGUUCCCUCGAUCGGAACUGGACGUGGCUUGCGACGACCCACGAUGUCCUCCGGACAGCGUGGUGACUUUGUACUUCGCCACCGACGCCAAGCGUCAAGAUGGGCCCAUACCGGCGCCAACGCCAGCAGUACCGCAUGCUUCCGCUCAUAAUGAUCCCAUCCUGCACUGGGACAGCUACACGAAUCUCGAAAUCAGCGACGAUGAAGGACGGGAAACACCAUUAUCACCGCCACCACCUUCGAGUUCCUCAGUUCAGACAUCGCCUCGCGGAUUGGGUUACACCUGCGGUCCCAUAGAUGGAUCUCUGUACGCUGUGGUACACCAGGGUGCUGCCGGUGGUGCCCGUGGCUCACCAUUGACAGUUUCCAUGGACAGUGGCAUCAGCAGUGCUCCACCACAACGACCUAGUCCACCGGAACCAGAGCCGGAUAACCAGGCUCAUGGUGAUCUUGAUAAGCUUCUCCAUGAUAUGAUGCUUACUGUUGAGUCGAUGCCAGAUCCUCCGUCAGAUGAGUAUAGAACAGACAGAAGCGAGAAGAUGUACAUUCAGGAAACCCGCAGCUACAGCAGCCACACAAGCAGUCAUUCCCCAUCGACUUAUUCCACGUUGAAAGAUUCGUACAGGAACUAUAGCACCGCGAAAGAAUCCAGUCCGCCAUAUAACUCGAGCAGCAGUUACAGCACUCUGAAGAACGAGUACCGAGAACCAGCAAAAAUUGAACAUCGAAGGGAGGAAUUCGAAUAUCGUAUGUCACCUGAUCGAAAAAUUACUGAUACCUCCACGGACACGUACAGAAAACACGCGGACUCGUUUUCACCACCUGGAAAUAUCGAUUAUAUCGACGAAGACAUCCCCUAUCACGCGAGACAGACGAGUCAACCAUUCUCGUACGGUGCCACGUCGGACAUGAUUAAACAUCAAAAACUAUCGUCGCCUUCUUUGGUCAGAAAGGCGUCUGUGCGAGGUACGGCGCCUGUGGUGGAUUUCGAAGAUAUCUUAGGAGAGAAUUCGAGGAGACCUCUCAGCCCUUUGAGUCCAAACACGCCGGACCCUCCGCCAGAAUUCGCCAACGGUCCCGCGAAGAGCAGUUCGGAUCACGUGGAUGGAUUAUCAUGGUUGAGGCAGCAGCAAUUGAAACUUGCCGCGAGAAGGGAUGAAAGGAACCCGGGCAAACUUUGGCGUCAGGAAACUGGGAAUCGUGUGAUCGGCGAGCUGAGAAGCUUACAGAGAGGUAGAUUGAGGCACGACGGGUACGCUAGCGAUUCUGCGGUGCUCGAUGACGAUGACGAUACGUGGGUUGUCCAUUCUACUUCCGGACAGACGCAAUCAAGGCCGGCGCCUUAUACAUCCGCGCCAGCAAGUCCUCUGCUUCCGCAACGAUCCAGCAGCCGGAAGUACAAUGGUACGAUCGGAACCGGUACCCUAGGAAGACCACGAGCAGAGAGCGUGAACGAGCGUCCAUUCAUGUCCGUGAAACGCGCUUACGAAUAUCGCAAAUACGGCGACAGUCAGAGCCCUCCAACAUCCCCUCGCUCAGGCUUAGCAAGCACGCAACCCUUAGGAUUAGCAAUGCAGCAACAAGCAACGUUCAUUAAUACGGACAAGCCUCAGCCACCACGACCAGAGUCUCGUAGCGAUAGUUUUGCUCGCGCUGACGCUCUGUUGCGCGAGCACCGACAGCAACAGCAGCAACUGGCCGCCAGCAACGUUCACACGGACCAGAAACAAUCGGCAAGUCCGGAUUUCGUCUCGACUCUGACUCGAAAUUCUCGGCCAGAGUCGCGAAAUCAAAUCGUGACUUGUCAAAGUAUCAGCAGAACCACGGUGACCAGCAACGACAGGACCACCGACCACGUGGACGCAGGAUUGUUGACCAUGGUCGAUCAGCAAUCGAACACACCGAACAAUCCAGACCCUCUCGUGAGCCUCAUUCAAUCACUGGCUGAAAUUUCGCCCAUUCGCUCACCUCAAUCGAUGACUAACAAGUCAGACAUGAACGAUCAUCACACGAGCAUCAGCGCAGCAACCACGACAACUGCGAGGAGCAACAUUGUUAACCUUGCCAGCACUAAUUGCUCCCCUAACCAGUCGCCCAAAGCAUGGCAGAUUUGCACCCAGUCGCACAAUGACUCUGCUUCAUCGUGGACCGAGAGGAGCGUCAGUCCCGGAAGUACGGUGGUCAACAGCGCGUCGAGACCGCAGACUCCGGCGUUUCCGGUACAUCCUCGAACCCCGUACGUGAACAAUUCCUCGCCUACGGUUACGUUCGCGGCUGAUCGCUCCUAUAGCACGAACACGAGUUACAACGUGAACAACAACAACAAUAACGUGCACAACGUGGAGUCAACCGGGAACAAUAAUAACAACAUCGGGAAUUAUGGCAGCGAACGAACGAUCUACAUCGAAGAACGAAGAGAAGUCUCGAAGGAGACGGGACUUCCACCCAAGAGUCCGACAACACAGAGACGCUUGAGUUUCCCGGCAAGCGGGCCACUUAAACAAACGCAUAACAAACGAUGGCCGCUCACUAACCAAUCGGCGUCGUUCGACUAUAGCAAGGACCGAUCUGUUUCUCCGAUAAACGAGCCAACGAUGCAACAACAAUCGCAAGCUGUCUCGCGCAGCCCUGGUACUCCGACUCACAUUGAAUUUGCCCAAAGUCCGAAGAGUGCCACAUCGUACACAUCCAUAAACAGUGGUGGCCAGUCAUCUCCUCAGAUCCAGUAUUACGGUUCAAGACGAUCCAGUGUACAUUCGAACACCGAGCCGCAAGAAGUGGCCGAUGUCAACGUAAAAUUUGUGCGCGACACCAGCAGGAUCUGGUACAAGCCCAACAUAUCUCGAGAGCAAGCAAUCUCAAUGCUAAAGGAUGCAGCGCCAGGAACAUUCGUCGUUCGAGAUAGCAAUUCCUUCCCAGGAGCCUUUGGACUCGCUCUGAAGGUAGCAACUCCGCCUCCAAGUGCACCAAGCAGUCCCAAAGACCCGUCUAGCGAGUUAGUCAGGCACUUUUUGAUCGAGCCUACAUCCAGAGGUGUUAGAUUAAAGGGAUGUGCCAACGAGCCAGUCUUCAGCUCGUUAUCAGCGUUGGUUUAUCAACACAGUUUGAUGGCGAUGGCUCUACCUUGCCAGCUGUUGCUCCCAGAACCGGAAGCUGCAGCCAGAGCUCUCGAUUCACCUGGCACGAAUAGCACACAGCAACUGCUUGCACAGGGUGCAGCCUGUAAUGUUUUAUACCUUUUCACCAUGGACACGGAAUCACUGACGGGUCCUCAGGCCAUCAAAAAGGCAGUCACGACAAUGUUCGAGCAGAAGCCACUGCCUACAGCGACUAUCGUUCAUUUCAAAGUUUCAACGCAGGGAAUAACUUUGACGGAUAACGCGCGAAAGCUUUUCUUUCGUAGGCAUUAUCCCACGAAUAAUAUCAGCUACUGCGGCUUAGACACGGAGGAACGCACUUGGGACUUCGCCAGCGAGGAAACUGGCCGCUCAGUCAGUGCCCAUCGAUGCUUCGGAUUCGUCGCUAGAAAACCGGCGCACAAAUCGGACAACCAAUGCCACGUGUUCGCGGAGCUAGAACCAGAACAACCAGCCACAGCCAUAGUGAAUUUCGUGAACAAGGUCAUGAUGGGCAACUCCAUAGCCAAGGCCAACAUCGUAUAAAUUGUUUUAUUCGUCGCACACGUCCUCCAGAAUGCUUGAAUAACGGUUUCAUCUUCGAAACGCGGACAGAAAGUCGACGAAGACAAGAUAGAAGCGAUUCAUCAUGAAGAAUGAAUACGGAUCGAACAUUAUUUACGAAGAAUAAUAGCAAGACCGUGCUAUUCGAAUGACGUUAGUUGACUAUCGUAAUAGGUCUUCAUGCAUUUCGUGAAGUAGAAUCGAGUCAGUAGAGCAUGAACGUUCUAAGCAAAAAUACAGUAGAAGUUAACGAUAGAGAUUGAAUCGUUAUUGUUCUAAAUGAAGAAGUAUCCAAGUGAAAUGGUAAACUCGGUUCCAUCCUCGUGUCAGUGAUCACGCUAUUCAGAAGAGAAUGUUAUUAACGACGAUCGUUAUUGCUGGUUAUUAUAUUAGAGAAUAGUAAAGUAAUAUAAACUAUAUCGGAGCAAAGUACGAUGGCGCGAUUGCAACUUCUCGUUGUGUUACAUUCUAGAAAAGAAACACGAAGAUUUAACUUAAGAAUAAUUGUAACGAUUAUUCGUCUAUGAUUAACCGUUUUGUACCAGUUUUUUACGUCUAUAAUCGAGAAUCGUUCCUGCAUUAAUUAACGUAAACCAUCAUCAAGAGCAACGCAUGCUACACAGAAUUUUCGUUUUCUAUUAAUCGUAUUCGUUGUGAAGGGACGAAGUUACAGGAUAACGACGUUAUACUUUGCUUCCAGCGCGAAACUAUUACACGAACGAUAUGCAAGCGAACGUACCGAUAGCUGGUAGGUAUAGUUGAUUACGAGUAAUCGAGCGUGCUCUAUGCGCGAAUCUCGAAGAUCGUCGCGCAUUCGAAGCGCAGACUCGCGAGUACGUGUCUCGAUCGUAAAAAAUAUCACACGCAGAAAUAGUUACACGUAUAUAUGUACACUGUUACGAAAAAAUGCAAGAAAACUCAAGAAAAUAGUUGAAUAUCUAUAUACGUUAUUAAUCACGUUAUACUUGGGACUCUCGAGUAAUGUUUAUCGAAGAAAAUGUUACGUCGUUGCGGAGCCGUGCCUGUGUAUCGUAGCCCGCGAUGUUCCAAAAGAAAGCAGCGGUUUAACGUUACGAAUAAAACGUUCUAUAAAUAACUGUAAAUAAGUCGAACAGAAAAUAUGAACAGGUAUCGAGAAGAGAAUCGAUGCUUGUUCGUCGGAUGAAGAGAUGAGAAGUUAAGGGAUAAAGUAAUGGGGCGAACGGAAGAAAAAGGAGAGAUCGAUCCUCCAACAGCGUCAACGUGACGGAACAAAAAUAUAAACGAUACUCGAUGAGGAGUAGCGUAUCGAAACGAAACAUCACAUUUUGUUUAAUGACUCCCCGUAGGUUCUUGCCAUUUAUUCGUCCUCGCGAGCGACGUCCUUCGUUCGUGAAAGAAGAAUUCGAGAAUCGACGAAGGAAGAUCCAAUUGGCGGGGACGACGAUAAGCAGUCAAUUAUUACGAAAGAAAUGUUAUAUGUAAUUACGACAAUACCGUGCCACGAGGGGAUUUACGAUAAAAAAGAGGGAAAAAAAGAAACUGUUUAUCGUAUCCUCGACGUCGCGAUAAUUUUCUUUCUUUUCUCUUCGUCUACUUUUUACACUGUUUUAAUGCAAUCGAGAAGAUCGGUCGGACUCUUAUUAAGCUUCCUCUGCUUUAUCCAGAUGACUCUUCCAGUUAUCGAACCAAUGAUAUUGGAGAAGAAAUGGAGAGUGAGGAGUUUUUGUCAGAAACUGUGUGCUAGUCAAAAUUCGAUGUGUAUACUCGAACGUACAGAGAAUUCGAUAUAUAGAUCUCGAUCUGUAAAAGACGAGAAUAAUACAAACCAUCCGAUCUUUCUUCUCGAUCCUCCUCUCUAUUUUAAUUCUUCGUAGUCGUUGUUCGUGGCCGCGUUUCUGGCCGCGAGCCACGAUCGUUGUCUCGUCUUUAUAUGUUUCAAUUUUCGUACACGUGGAAAGCUAACUAACCGAGUAACAUUAAUUUAACACCAGUCAUUAUUAUAAUAAUUAUUAAUUAUUAUUACUUAUUUACGCUCUAUUAUUACGUAGGUUCACGCAAUAAUUGUAUUGCUGCAUACCAGAACGGUAUGCUGUUAUAGUUGUAACGAUAAUAAACCAUAUUCGCAGCGUA